AUGUUCAGAGACAGAACAAAAUUAUUCAUAUCUUUUCGUCGAACGAUCCCACGGAAUCUGACCAUAAAAAAUGAGAACAGAUUUGAUUCUUUACUCGAUGAGGAAGAGGGUUUGAUUGAAUCAAGGCGAACUAAUUAUCGUGACAAUAAUAACUCUAUUGAAAUGAAACAGAUCAUCCCUUCAAUAUUUGAAAUUUCAAAGGAAUUAGAUGACAUCCAAACAAGGAUUAGGCAGCAGAUUGAUGAAUUGAAUUCAACGUAUAAAAAAUUGAUUAUUGUAACCAAGAGCGAGAAGGAAUCGCUUGAAACAAAGAUCGAGAAUUUGAAUUAUCAAGUAUUAAAAAACUUUGAGAAAUGCUAUGUCUUGAUCAAGAAGUUCCAGUAUCUUCAUGAUAAUCACGAGAAAUUGAAUUUAAACUAUAAGGCGAGUGAUUUAGAAAUUUUGAAUAAUUACAAGAGAAGCUACGCAACGAAAUUACAACAAGAUUCAUUAGUCUUUCGAAAUCUUCAAAAUAACUAUAUAAAGUUCUUAAAAGACGAUGAAGAUGAGUCAAGCGGUCUAUUGCAAUCCAGUGAAGAUCAGAAUUUAUUGAUGGAAGAAGACUCAAGGAAGAUAGAUGAAUAUUCAAAACAAACAUUGCAACAGCAACAGCAACAUUCCAGAAUGGAUUCACUGUACUUGCAGGCAAGGGAAAAAGAGAUAUCAAAUAUAGCAAUGGGGAUUUUGGAAAUAUCUACCAUAUUCAAAGAAAUGGAAACUUUAGUAAUUGAUCAAGGUAGCUUGCUUGACCGAAUUGAUUAUAACCUCCAAAAUACCGUACAAGAUCUCAAAUCGUCUGAUAAAGAGCUCAUAAAAGCCAAGUCCUAUCAAAAGAGAACAACAAAGUGCAAGAUUAUUUUCCUUUUAAUAUUAGUAACUUUUGCUUUGUUUAUUUUGGUUCUUGUAAAACCACACGGAUCUACCAAGGUAGUAACAAAACCAGCUACGAGUCCCCGACCAGAGAUCAAUAAACCGAAUGAUAACGAACAGAACACUUUAAGCUAG